AUGGUGGGCUUUAAGGAUACACUGGUAGUCUGGUACAGUUACAUUGCAUACAAAUACAGACUUUUAUUCAUCACAAUAGGUUAUCUUGGACCAGUUACUAACAUUGAUUCUUCAAUUGACAACUGUUCUACUAUUGAUAUAACAUGGACUGCUCCUACAGUUGAUGAUGGAGUAUCUAUACUCUAUUAUAUACUAAAGAUGUAUGAUGCUAUUACUUGCAGCCUAGUGGAUACUGUAUCAGUAUAUGAUACCAGAGAAGGAAUAUCUAACAGUAAUACAUUCUCAUAUCAAAGAGCUCCAAAAUCAGUUAAUGGAAAUACUGUUUCUAUAGAACAUACUUUUCAACAAAAUACAUUUACUAUUAUACAGUUCAGCAUACCAGUGAUGGUAGAAUGCACAGGUGAAGCCCCUGAUAGUGCUACGGUUACUGUACACUGCAAUGAAACUGGUGGUAUAUAUAGUAGCUCUUAUAUUAUAGACUAUACUAAGCAACCAAAUAAUAUAACAGGAUCAGUACCAGUACUUCAGUAUCAGCGGUGUAAUAUCAGUAUUGUAUUUAGUAAUGAGGCUGGUAGUAGUGAACCAUUUAUACUAGCAUUUGAUACAUAUCCUCUGUCUACUUAUAUCACUACUACUACUGCUGCUGCUACUACUACUACUGCUACUAUUGUCACACCUGUUUCAACAACUCUUGGCAUUAGUACUGGUUAUUAUGUUAUCACAGCAGGUGUUGUUAUAAUAUUAUCAAUACUAAUAAUAAUAAUAAGUCUCAUUUUGCUUGUUAUUAUAUACAAGAGGAAAGCAUUUGGGUCUGCCUCAUUACAAAAACAGCAAGAGGCAUGUGUACCUACUACACGCAAUGAAGCAUAUGAAUUCAACAAUUUAGUGUUUACUACUGAUAAUAAUCCUGCUUAUGAAGAAAUAGGAGGAAACAGAGGAGGACCAGUUAGCAUGUGAAUAAUUGUAAUAACUAAGUAUUGAUUUGACAAUGGAUUUUAGCACGGUGACUAAUUAAAUGAAGAUGUGUGUUUUAUUAUAGUUUUGGCUGUUACUUUUAUUUGAAACCAAAUUAUAUUUAGUUUGUAAUUGUAAUUCUAAAA